UCUGGGAGCAGCACUGAAUGGACCGAUGAGGAUACAGGGCUAGGCAACACAAGGCAAGGAAUGUUGGUAUACUUUUCACCACCAAUUAAACAGUCACUUUGUAGACGCAAGAUCCGUAUCAAAACUACACCAAUCCCUGACCCAUCGCACACCUUGGUUGACGCUGUUAAGUUCCUGAAAAGCCCGCUGGUCACACGCUUCAUGCCGUCCUUCUACAUCAUCAUCAUCCUCAUCAGUUUGCCUCUGAACGCUUUGGCUUUGGUGACGUUCACCUGCAGGAUCAGAGAAAAGAAACCAGCUGUGAUCUACAUGUCUCACCUGGCGUGUGUGGAUCUGCUCUUCGCCCUGCUGCUGCCACUGAAGAUCCACUACCAGCUGAACGCUUCUGAUUGGCUGUUUGGUGAGGCGGCGUGUCGUGUGCUCACUGCAGCUUAUUACUGCUACAUGUACUGCUCCAUACUGCUGAUGAUGUGCAUGAGUGUGGACAGACUGCUGGGUGUUGCGCUUCCUGUUGCUUCUUUAAGCUGGAGAAAUGCGAGGAAAGCCUCAUUCAUAUGUGCAUUAGUCUGGCUGCUGGCGCUCGCUGGUACUGUGCCACUGCUUUUAAAGAGACAAACAGUUAAGAUUGAGGAUGUGGGGAUCACUUGUCAUGAUAUGAUGAAUGCCAGUGACAAAGCAUUGUCGUAUUAUGCAUACCUGUUCUUCAUCCUCUCCUGCCUGUAUUUCUUUGUGCCGCUGGUCAUCACUUUAGUGAGCUACUCCACCAUCAUAUAUGUGCUCAGUGUAAAGUCCGACCGCAUUUCUUCAUCUUUCUCCAACAAAAGGAGAGCUGUGAUCAUGACUAUUUCUGUGCUGAUUGAGUUUGUGGUGUGUUUUGCUCCAACCAAUGGCAUCUUGCUGUAUCACUGCAUUUGUUUAGCAAAAAGAGGUGAAACCGGUGAAGGAAAUUCAUCAUAUGCUGCUUACAUGCUGGCUGUGUGUUUGGGGAGCGCAAGUGUUUUUCUGGACCCUCUUUUGUACUACUAUGGUUCAUCUCAUUACAGACAGCUGAUCAAAUCUGUGUUUUGGUGCAAGAAGAUAAAAAAAAGGAGCCAUCAUCAACCAUAGCUCACACACAGCAAGAAAAUAAAAAGCUGCAUCCGUUGGUUGCUUUAUCAUAGGUGAUGUAUUUGCCUGCAGGCUAUUCAACAACAUAAGAAGUGUACGUUCAGUAUCUUUGUAUGAACAAAUUAACCAUAUAAACCUAAGAUGUCAUGUCUGUAUAACAUAUAUAUUAGUCUUCA